CUCCACCGGGUGUGAGUUGAGUGACGCUAUGGAGGAUCCCGUGCUGAAACUGUCAGCCGAGGACCAGGAGAAGAUCAGGUCAUGGGUUCCCGCGCCGCUGGUUCCGCCCACCCCUAGGGACCAUCCGGCGCUGAACCCGGUUAUCGUUGAUGGCAAGCUCGGUAAAUAUGUGCGUGUGAACAGCCGCGAUCUUCUGAACGUGGCCUCUCACAACUACCUGGGUAUGGUGGGCGAUCCUCGGGUCGAGACUGCCAGCGUCACUGCCCUCAGAAAGUACGGUGUCGGCGCGUGCGGGCCGCGCACCUUCUUUGGAACGGUCGACGUUCACCUGGAGCUGGAGCGCAGCAUCUCAGCGUUUCUGGGCACGGAGGAAACGGCCAUCUACUCGCUGGGGUUUUCCACCGUCAGCUCGGCCAUACCGGCCUAUGCCAAGCCGGGAGACGUUCUCUUUGUGGACGAAUCGGUGCACUUCGCGAUUCAGAAAGGUGUGCAGGUGUCCAAGAGUAAAACCGUGUGGUUCAAGCAUAACGACAUGCACGAUCUGGAACAAAAAAUUCUGGAAGUGAUGCAUAAGAGAGAGGAUGCAAAACCCUCCGCCGCGGCCGCUCGCCACUUCAUCAUAGUCGAGGGCCUCUACCUAAACGAGGGUGACAUCUGCCCAUUGCCAGAGGUGGUGGCACUAGCUAAACAGCACAAGAUUCGCAUCAUUCUGGACGAAAAUGUAUCGAUUGGAGUGCUGGGCGCUCAUGGACGCGGUGCCACCGAACACUUCGGCGUCAAGGUGACGGACAUUGACCUGAUCUGCGGUUCCCUGGAGCACUCGCUAGGGUCGUGCGGCGGCUUCACCAGUGGGUCCUAUCACGUCGUCGAUCACCAGCGGCUGAACGGACUCGGCUAUGUGUUUUCGGCGUCGUUGCCUCCGAUGCUGGCCUCUGCGGCCACCAUGGCUUUGGAGCUGAUCGACAAUGACGUCACGCUGACGUCACGACUGAAGACUGUGUCGGAGAAACUGCAUGCCGCGCUAUCGAAUGUAGAUCGACUGGAUCUGGUGGGGGUGCCCGAGUCUCCCAUCAAACACCUGCGUCUUAAAACGUCCAGCGGAGACAGACAGAAGGACCAGGACAAGCUACAGCGCAUUGUCGACUUUGCUCGCGACGAGGGCGUGCUUCUGACCACUGCCAGCUACCUACCAGAGCAGGAGGUGCACGCUCCGCCACCCAGUAUCCGCGUCAUCGCGGCUGUCUACCUUCUGGACGAGGAGAUACAGCUGGUCAAACGCGCGUUGGAUACGGCCGUGGCCCGUGUGUUCUGACUUCUGAGCACAGUGGUUUGGUCAAAAGAUAGAGAUUGAAGACCGGUGGUCUGUGCGGAAGGGAAAUGUGAUGGAUAAUAUGUUGGUAUGGGCAGGAUGUGUUGUGGGAUUGUGUGGUGUGUGAUUUGAGGACGGAAAUAUACCAAUCUGCUGAAAAGCGUU